UGACCACGUCCCCUUCUUUUCACUUCCUGUAAACAAAGCAGCAGCUGUGUGUUUGUCAGAUUCCUGUGUAUUCGCUCAUUUUCUACACUCUCCUGCGUUUGUCGACGAUGGCUCAAGCCGGAGUGGUCCUGGACAAGGACCAGUUCAACUGCUCGAUAUGUCUGGACGUGCUGAAGGACCCAGUGACCAUCCCCUGCGGACACAGCUACUGCUGGGACUGUAUCCAGAACUACUGGGACCAGGACGACUACCUGGGGAUCUUCGUGUGUCCGCAGUGCAGGCACAACUUCAACCCGAGGCCGGUGCUCGCCAGAAACACCAUGUUGGCCGACGUGGUGGAGAAAUUCAAAAAGACUGGACUCCAGGAGGCCACGGCGACGCCUGUGAGUCAAAGUUUCGCCGAGGCCGAUGACGUUGGGUGCGACGUCUGCACCGGGAGGAAAAACAAAGCUGUCAAGUCCUGUCUGGUGUGUCUGGCCUCCUACUGCGACCUCCACCUGCAGCCCCACUACGAGUCUGCUGCGUUCAAGAAACACAAGCUGGUGUCGGCCUCCAAAAAGCUCCAGGAGACGAUCUGUGGCCGACACGACAAGCUCCUGGAGGUGUACUGCCGCACCGACAAGCAGUGCAUCUGUUACCUGUGUCUGACUGAUGAACACAAAGGGCACGACACGGUGCUGGCUGAGGCAGAGAUACAGCAGAAGCAGAGGGAGCUUGGUGACAUGAAGCAGAGCUCUCAGCUGAGAAUCCAUCAAAGGGAAAAAGGAGUCCAGGAGAUCAAACAAGCCAUUUUCUCUCUCACUCGCUCUGCUCGGGCAGCAGCUGAGGAGAGUGACUCCGUCUUCACCGAACUGAUUCGGUUGAUCGAGCUGAAGCGUUUCGAGGUGAGAGAGCUCAUCAAAGCCCAGGAGAAGACAGCCGUCAGUCAGGCCGAGCAGCUGCUGGAGAGGAUCCAGAGAGAGAUCGCUGAGCUGAAGAAGAAGGAGGCUGAGCUGGACAAACUCUCCCACACUGAGGACCACGUCCAUUUCCUUCAGAGCUGUCAGUCUCUCCAGGCUCCACCCGUGCUGUCAACUCUGCCCUCGGUCACCUCUGACCCCAGUCUCACCUUCGGCCCAGUGAUGACAGCUGUGUCAGAUUUUAAAGGGCUGUUGCAGGAGGUCUGCCAGGGAGGAUUUGUCAGCAUCUACGAGAGAGUGAGAGAGAUAGAGAUUGUAGGCCCUCAAAAUCCUGCUGCACCUCUGGACACAACACAGCCGAAGCAAAGUGAUUCAGAUGUGCCAAUGCAAGCAACACUUGUCAACCCUCCACCUGGCCUGGACCAAAGUCCUGUGAACCCUUUCAACCCUUUCCUCUCACCAGGACCUGCCGUGCCCACCUUUUCCUUCUCACCAUUUGGGUCCAAACUCUCCUCAGGAUCCAGACAGAGGUACCUCCAGCGACGUGCUCACCCCCGGAGGAAAUAGACUCGUAGCGGACAUCAGAAUCAACAUUUCACAUGCACCUACAUGGGCUGAAUGUCGUUAUACCUCAGUGCUCUUCUCUCACAAAUCUGUACUGACACCUAUGGAUUGUAUAUUUAAUAAUUCAUCUUUUGGUAUUCAUUAUAACUGCUGUGUUUUCAGCGAUCAGUGAACCUCACUGAAGGAAGAGUGUAUCUACUGCUAGCUCACCUAGCACCACUGAGAUAGGUCAUGUUGUAGCUCAGCCGAGGGGGGCGCCAUUGAUGUUUACAUCUCAGUCGUUAGCAUGAGCCUCUUGUUCAUGAGUAGAUGCACACUUCCUUCUGCGUGGUGAUACAUUUGGCAGGUGUAGGUUGGUAGCAAGAAAAUAGUUCCUACAUGAAUCUGCUCACAACAAGGUCUGUGGAUUAUCUUGAGUAACCAGGUGUUGAUUUCUAGAAAGAGACACUGAUGUUGAGUUUUUCAAAUGUAUUUAUUAUUAUUAUUUUUAAUAUUAUUAUUAUUUUGGCGCUUUGAGCACCACAAUCCUUUAUAUUCGGGAGAAUGGCCACUAUCUCCAACACACACCAAAACAGUCUAGACUGAUAAAUAGCACUACAGGUAAGAGAAUGAAUAUAUAAUUUAGAUUACAGGGUGAACUGUCCCUUUAAGCAGCAUUAAGCAACACAUAGCUAGACUAACUCACUACAUCUAAUUUCAGUAUUUGAAAGAAAAUUGCCUCGAAACUUGGUCAAGUUUUACUUUGUCUUUUUUUUUAAACAAGGUUUUGCUUUUAUAAUUAUUUUUAAUUUUUAACUGAACCUACAAAACAAUCAUUUUGUUGCUUUACAGACGUGUAAUAAUAUAUCGUGAUUUGUGACACACAGGCAUUAAAAAAAUAAAUACACGUGUACAAACUA